AUGAAGAGUACACCCCAAACUGGUCAAAGAGCAACUUCCCCGACCAACACCCAAUGCAGGCCAAGUGCAAGUCAAGGUAUCGCAUGUCGCACAGAACCCAACAGACGGUAUGUUAAACACCUCAGUUUGCACCGACAAGGCUCACGCGCCGCAGUCCAAUGCUUUGACAGUAAUGCCUUUGGGGAUGGUGCUGUGCUGGGGUGCGACUUUGUUGGACAAGUCACCGAACUAGGAGAGGGAGUCACUCGACUAGUCCCCGGUGACAUUGUGGCAGGUCUGAUCUGGGGCGGCGAAAUCUCGGGACUGGGCGGAUAUAGUCAAUACAGCAUUGCGGAUCAGCGCAUCUCUCUCAAAGUGCCCGACAACAUCUCGCGGGCCGAGGCGAGCUCAGUUCCUCUCGCUGCGACGACUGCCUGGCUUGCCCUAUUUUCCGAGGGUUGUCUUAAUAUUGAUCGCUUUAAAGCCGGCACUAGUGUGCUAAUUUGGGGUGGCAGUUCCAGCGUGGGUCUCUAUGCUAUCCAACUAGCAUCCAUCUUUGGGCUCAAUGUCAUCACAACCUGCAGCCCACGAAAUGCGGAUCUCGUCCGAUCAUACGGCGCUCAGCAUGUCUUUGACUAUAAUGAUCCCGAUGUGAUUGCGAACAUCACCAAGGCCGCCCCGGACAUUCAGCAUGUCUUCGACAGCAUUGGCGACAAAACCAGCUCUGGUAAAUCCUCACAAGCAUUUGGCGACCGUCCAGGAAAUCUAUGUACUGUCAGGCCUGGGAAGGCAAACACCGAGUAUGUCACUGCCAACACGCAUGUUACCGAUGUACUGGUUUGGACGGCUUUCCUUAAAGACCACGGAUAUGGCGAGUUCCACUGGCCGGCCUCGCAGAAGGAUCAUGAGUUGGCCAGCGAAUUGUUUGAACGUUUGCCUUCGUGGUUAGCACAGGGCCAAGUCAAGCCCAACAAAGCCAAGAUCUUCCAUGGCUUGGAGUCGGUCGCCCAAGGCUUCCAAGAGUACCGGGAUGGUGGGGUGUCGGCCUAUAAGAUUGUUUAUGAGAUUUGA